CCAUCAACCAUCAACCGUCAACCGUCAACAUGGCAGCAGCACAUCCAACCCCUUCAUUCUUGUAAACUCGUGCCCGAUUAUUCCAUGUGCGACUAAUCUUCCAGAUGGCUGUCUCACGCUUUCUGACGGACUUGCAUGUCAAAAAGACAAACUCUAUCCACUUGGAACGGCACCACAUCAUGGCAAUAUGAUGUGUGUUUCUCUACAAGACGACCGACUGAUUUACCACAUUUGCAAUGUCCUCAAAUGACUCCAAAAUUCAACCUCUGCCCCCUGAUGUAGUGGCAAAGCUUAAGUCCUCUACUGCCAUCACCCACUUGAACGGGGUCAUUGUGGAACUAGUGAAGAAUGCCUUGGAUGCAGAUGCCCGCAUCAUCUACGUCACAGUCGAUUUUCUUCGCGGAGGCUGUGUGGUUGAGGAUGAUGGCGAUGGAAUCCCACCGGCUGAGUUUGAACCAGCCGGGGGAUUAGGGAAGGCGCACCAUACUUCGAAAUACCAUACGAGUCAAAGCGUGUAUGGUCGCAGGGGACUAUUUUUGGCCUCGCUUUCUGCGCUCUCACUGCUGACCAUUACUUCACAUCAUGCUCGCCAUCCGAGCACAAACACCGUCACUUUUCAUCACUCGACACCCGUGGCCCGGUUGAUGCCAGUCCCAGUAUACCAGGAGCUAAGGUUCAGCAACCAUGGCACCAGUGUCACAGUGAAUGACUUGUUCGGGAACAUGCCUGUACGCGUCAAAAGCCGAGCCUUGGCUCUUCAGAGACCAGAUGAAUUGGUACGGCAGUGGGAUGAGCUAAGGCAACUUCUAGUGUCAUUUAUGGUCACAAAUGACAGAAUGGUGAAGUUGGUGGUCUCGGACCUCCAUAGAGAGAAAAGACUCAUAGUUCAUCCUCAAACUCGUGUACGCCCACAGGGUGGGGAACUUGAUCUACAACGUAUUCGUUCCAUUCUAGCUCAGUCGGGAUUGAUCGAGGCUCAGAAUACUGGCAUCUGGGAUGUUGUAUCGGCCAGCGUCGCUGACUUUGCCGUUCAUGCUGCCAUAUCCCUAAUUCCUAGUCCCACGAAGAAGGUUCAAUUCGUCUCCCUUGGCCCAGAUCCGGUAUUCGCAAGGAACAACGCAAAUUUGAUCUAUACUGAAGUCAACCGCAUAUUUUCUUUGUCAGACUUUGGAACAAUCAAGGGUUCUUCAUCCUUCAGUAAAUCCGGUGAUGGUGCUGAUGGCGAAAGCGUGCAUAGUAAACCUACGUCCAAGGCGGUUAAUAAAUGGCCUAUGUUCUACAUACGCAUAAACACCCGAGAUGCGUGGGGUAUUGACGAUGAAGGGCAAGACCUUCCUGACUCAGAAAGAUCUCUUCAGCGCAUCAUAGAUGUGCUUGCAACAAUGAUGAAUGAGUUCCUAAAGCAGCGUGGCUUGCGCCCUCGUGCUAGGAAAAGGACAAGAGGCACGCCCGGAAUACCACCAGCUACUACGAGCCCCAGCAAUCUCAGAGCUAAAAGGCCACUCUCACCAGAGUGCGCAGCUUCCAGUACGGAAGAAGCAUUUCGUGAUCAACUCAAGCUCCCUUCUUUCCGGAAAUCAUCCAAAACAAGUCACCAUUUCGGAGACUGGACCAGGAUCAAAAGUGCGAAGAAGGAUACGACCGGGAAGCGUCUCCCUUUACGUAACCUCGAAUCCGAUUCAACUCCUCAAUCAGACAAUAACCCUUUGCGAAUUGUCAAAGACCAUCUGGACCAGGAGCCUGCGCUCCCGUCUGAACAGGGCGGCAACGAGGGCUCUACCAUUGAGCCCAUUUCUAGGCGGCAAGAACUAGGGAUGCGCAAAGAAGUACCCAAUGGCGAUCAAGAAGCGUCAGAGGUUGAUACCAUGAUUCCUUGGGUCGAUCCCUAUACGGGACGAAGCCACUUGAUUAAUUCCAGGACCGGGCAGUCCCUGCUCAUUGGACCGUCGGUGGAAUUGGGUUUGACACUGAGGCCUCGGUCAACUGGCUCCUUACGAGCGCCAAACCUGGCUCUGGAUGGUGUCAAGCGACCAAGGUCAGCUGCUCUAGGUAGAACCGAGAACAAAUGGGUCGAGAACCUUUUGGACAAUUGGGUAAACCCAGUUUUUGGUCGUCCAGAGAAGCCGAUCAGUGCGAUGGAUCCCAGUGGCCACGAGGCCACGCGCCCCGGAUCUAGUUCGCAUGACAAUCGGAGUGCGCAAUGCAGGUUAGACAACAUGGGAGUGUCGAAGUUUCGAGGGAAGUUGCGAAAGCAGGACUUGAGGACCGCAGAAAUCAUCGCUCAGGUGGAUCAGAAGUUCAUCCUGACCAAGAUGCAAACUUCACCCAGUCACCCUCUUGGUGACCCUACAUCGAGCCUCAUCUUGAUCGACCAACACGCUGCUGACGAGCGAUGCCGGGUCGAGCACCUUUUGGCGGAGUUGUUCGCUUCCAGCGAUAGCCCCGAUCGCAUCCAGACCAUCCAACUGGAACCCAUCAUUUUUGAGAUACCAGCCACCGAAGCGUCUCUUUUUGGACGCUAUAGGGAAUUCUUCCAAUCUUGGGGGGUGGACUACACCGUGGAACAAGGACCCGGAGACAUCAACGUCUUCAUUUUUGUGUCCACCCUACCCACACUGAUAGCCGAGCGCUGCCGGGCCGAGCCCCAUUUGGUUACUGAUCUUAUCCGCGGGGAGAUCUGGAGACGUGAGGAAGAGAACGGACGCAGCCGGCAGGGCCUUCCAGCCGGGUUGGGCGACCGUGCAGAUAUGGAAUGGGAUAAACGCAGCUGGGUGGAUCGCCUAGACGGCUGUCCUCGCGGGAUCAUUGACCUGCUUAACUCUCGCGCGUGUCGCACAGCCAUCAUGUUCAACGAUGUUCUGGAUAGUGAUGAAUGUCAGAGCCUAGUUCGACGGCUUGCGGAUUGUGUCUUUCCCUUCCAGUGCGCGCAUGGUCGGCCCUCGAUGAUACCCAUCUUGGAUAUGGGUGCGAUGUUGGAUCAGAGUCAGUCAGAUGAGUAUGAGGGCCCGGGGUUUGUAGAUGCAUUCAAAGGCUGGCAGGAUGGGAAAGCCGAUUAGGACAUACACAUGUUUUGUUAUACACAAGUUAUCUCGGAAGUUACCUACUUACGAGUGACAAAGAAUACGGAUCGUUC